AUGAUUAUUGUAUUUCUUGUGGACGUUUACGAUUCAAAGACCCAAAAUGGGUAUAACCUACUGAAUCUUGCCAAAUUAGCCAUUCGAAGUUUUGUUCAUGUUAGCUUUAAAAACACUAUCUUAAUUUGCCCCAAACGACAAUACGUGAAUAACGGGAAAUAUAAUGGUGUCAAAUAUGUCUUAGCAACAUCUGAUGAUCCACGUUAUUGUAUAAAGACCGAUUAUCAUGAUCCAAUUUAUACGUUCUUGGAACAAUUGGAGUUGUUACUUCCUACUGAACCCUCAAAGAAUGGAUCAGGUCUUGCAGCAGUAUUUGAAUUGUUGAGUUUUCGUAGAAUGAUUAGAUAUAUGGAUUCUUUCUAUAGGUCCGAUCAUGGAUCAUCUCCUACUUCAUUAUUUUAUCAAGGAAAAAAUCGUUGGGAUCAAAAAUUAUACACCAUAUUUCUUUCUUCAGAAACUUAUGAUGCACCCCCAGAAUUGCAUUCAUUAAAUUCUAGUAUGCGAGGUCAACUGUAUUUUUUGCAAACAGCUGAUGAUGUCAUUAAAGUAAUAGGAAAUAUUCUCGGCACUGAUAAAGAACUUUACGAAAAUGCUGCUGAUAGUUAUCCAUAUAACAUAUUUUCUACAUGUGGAGUCCUUUUGAAUUUUGUUGAAACUAAAAACAAUAAAGAUUUUGAUUCCACUGAUCUCGGUCAGAUAUAUGUUGAUCCACAAAAAUUCGAAGGGUUUUACCCAAUACCCGAAGAAUUUUGGAUAGAACCUGAUGUUGUCAAAUUUCCGAUGGACGCUGCAUCAUUGAAUCGAAGAAAGCCAAUUCCAACAAUCUCAUAUUGGAAGAAGAAUGAUUUUAAAUUCCAUGAAAUACCACCAAAUUUCCCUAGAGAUACUUAUGUGGUGUCGGAAUGUGGAAUGGCCCGGGAAUUAAAGUGUCAAAAACCCGGUACAAAAUGGCCGGCAAGAUAUGGUGAACCUUUUGGUUACUUGACUGUCAACAAAAAGAAUGAAUCUGAAAUGGAAGUCAAUCAAUUAAAACAAUAUUCUGAUCCACCUUCGUUAUGGAAAGAAAGUAUGGAAAAUUAUCGUAAAAGUUUGCCUUGGUAUUAUCUCCAGCCAUUAUCAAAAUCAUUUAUCAUUUGUAGACUUGAAAAAUUUAUUCCUGGUUCUUUUUUUUCAAAACCUAAAACUGAUGGUCUUGAUACAUUAUUAUGUCAAAUUACAAUAACACGACCCACACCUUACCCCGAAAAGGACAUUAAAGGAAUCACACAAGCAGAGAGGGUUCUUACAAACAUUCAUAAGAUUACUAUGUUAGCACAAUCAGGAAAUGAAUUAGAUUCUACACAUUCCGUUAAUACAUUAAUCAUGGGAAAUUUUGAGGAAGUUAUGGCAAAGAGAGAAAGACAAGAAUUACGGGAUCCCUUUGAAGAUAAUAUUGGAAAAAAGAAAAAAAGAGACCAACGUGCAUUUGGAAGUCCAUUUAAAAAUCCUGGUCAGAAACCAUUAGCAAGAAGAACGUUUCCAAAAUUGGCACAAAAGUUUCGAGAAAAAUUGGAAAAACCACCAGAACCAAUUAAUUUUCCCGGAUUCUUUAAUAAAGGAAUAAAACCAUUUGUAAUUAUACCUGGUAGACAAAUAAUAACCUCCAUAGAAACACCACCAAAAAUUAGAUCACUGAAUUUACCUGUGAAUCCUUAUACCACUAUUGUUAAACCACAAAGUCAAAUUAAUCAAACAACAAGAUUACCAAAUAAUUUAACGUUAGAUAAUCCUCAAGUAAUAUCAUCAAUAUCAACAUCAUCAUUUUCUGAAAUUAAUAUGGACAAAAAUUCUGUGUCACUUUCUAAUUCAGGUAAUUCAAUAAUUUCAAAUGAUGUUAUUGAUUCAUCAAUAGGAAAUAUUGUAAUUCCAAUGCCAAAAUCAUUACUUACUGGAUUAGAUAUGUUAGUAUCAGCAUCAAUGGACGAUAAAACAGAAAAAAUGGAUUCUAAUGUAGAAAAAGUUGAAAACGUAAAAAAAUCAAAUUCUUCUAAAGAUAAAGAUAUAGAAUAUAAUAAUAAACUUAAUUUUUUAAGCCAAGCAGCUGAAUUAGUUCUAGCUGAGGAACCAUCUAUAGGUUUGGAUGAUAUGUUAAACCAGGUUGUCAAUCAAGUCACAAAUGUAGGAAAAUCUUCUGACCAACAACCAAGGGACCUUCGUUUGAAACCAAUAAAAAAUAUUCGAAAUUAUUCAAUGGAUAAAGAUUUAUCGAAACUUCAAUCAUCAAAAUUUUCUGAAGAUUUAAGGAUGAAAAUUUCGGAUGAUUCGUUAGAAUAUGAUGAAAACACAAUUUCUCAACAAUUAGAAGAAUUUAUCAACUCAAGAAAUUAUUCUAAUGAAAUUAAAUCGAAAUUUCUUUAUUCUAUUUCGAAAUUCGCGCAAGCCAAUCGUAAAUUAGGUUUAUCGAGAAAGAUUGAAUCAUUACUUCAAGAUCGAUUCAAUUUUAAAAGAAAUCACAACGAAAAUAAGUUGAGAUCAAUGAAUGAGAUCUAUUCAUAA